UACGCACGCGCCUGUGCCAAGUUUUAGCCACAUUACGCACAUAGAAAUCGCGUAUUUGAAGCUCCAAAAAAGCGACGCGUCAGCGUGAUAUUCUCAACUUUACGGAGAACUGCGUUUCGGCGGAUUUUCCUCGAUACAACUUACGGCCGCGUAGCGCCAACGAGAAACGCUCCCGCACGGCGUCUGACGGUCUGCUCCGUGACAAACUAAUUGCUUUUGUGCGAGUCCGUAAAUGUGUGCCAUGUGUGAUGUCCUGUUUGUCGGAGGGUGUGAGGCUCGUUCGUCCACCCAGGCGGAUGCUUCUUCCUCUGAGCGCGUCAACUUCAGCCGAGAGGGACGCGCCGCCGCAGCGUCUCCUCCGUCUCCUCUUUUGACAGCGCCCUUUAAACCCCCCAGCCCUCCAUUUAAAACCACAUUGUUGUCGAGUUAGAAAUGAACCAGAGUUGCGCGUUUGGCUUUUGUUUGCUGCUUUACGAGCAUAGCUCAAAGUUGGAGGCGCCGGAAGCCGCGUUGUUGGACGUCUGUUUGGUGGACAAAUCCCCUGUAAUAGUUGGCUGGAAGCAUCUAGGUGGAGGACGAUGAAAGAAUGACCUGCGGGCUUUAUUUUGUUGCCUAGGUGGCUUUCACAUUCAGGAAGUCAUGUCCAGAUCGGGCGAUAGAACAUCCACCUUUGACCCAACGCACAGUGACACCCUGCUGCACGGGCUCAACCUGCUAUGGAGAAAGCAGCUCUUCUGUGAUGUGACUCUCACCGCACAGGGACAGCAGUUCCACUGUCACAAAGCGGUAUUGGCAUCCUGCUCGCAGUACUUCAGAUCUCUCUUCUCCUCCCACAAUGUCAUUAACAAUGAAGGAAGUAAGGGGGACCAGGGCAGCAGUGGGACCCCCUCGUCCUCUCCUGAUGACAAGCUGCUGACCCCCAGUGCCAGGCCCAUCAAUAACCUGGUGCUCCAGGGCUGCUCUUCUAUUGGAUUACGAUUAGUGUUGGAGUACCUGUACACUGCCAAUGUUACUCUUUCCUUGGACACUGUGGAAGAAGUGCUGUCGGUCAGCAAGAUCCUCAACAUCCCCCAGAUUACUAAACUCUGCGUGCAGUUCCUCAAUGACCAGAUCUCUGUGCAGAACUACAAACAGAUCUGCAAGAUUGCUGCGCUGCAUGGACUGGACGAGACCAAGAAGCUGGCUAACAAGUACCUGGUGGAGGACGUGCUGCUGCUGAACUUUGAAGAGAUGUGCGCCAUGCUAGAUGCUCUGCCGCCUCCUGUGGAGUCAGAGCUGGCUCUCUUCCAGAUGUCAGUGCUCUGGCUGGAGCAUGACCGGGAGACCCGCAUGCACUAUGCUCCAGACCUCAUGAAGAGACUGCGUUUCGCCCUCAUACCUGCCCCAGAGCUGGUGGAGCGGGUUCAGUCUGUUGAUUUUAUGAGGAGCGACCCCGUUUGCCAGAAGCUGCUCCUGGAUGCCAUGAACUACCACCUGAUGCCCUUCAGACAGCACUGCAGGCAGACUAUGGCCAGCAGAAUCCGUUCCAAUAAGAGGAUGCUGCUACUGGUGGGUGGUUUGCCUCCUGGACCCGAUCGUCUCCCAAGCAAUUUAGUCCAGUAUUAUGACGACGACAAAAAGACAUGGAAGAUCCUCACAAUAAUGCCUUACAACAGCGCCCAUCACUGUGUGGUGGAGGUGGAGAACUUCCUGCUGCUGAUGGGCGGGGAGGACCAGUGGAACCCCAACGGAAAACACAGCACUAAUUUUGUCAGCCGCUAUGACCCCAGAUUCAAUAGUUGGAUUCAGUUGCCCCCCAUGCAGGAAAGGAGAGCCAGCUUCUUCGCCUGCCGCCUGGAUAAGCACCUGUACGUGAUUGGCGGCCGGAAUGAGACAGGCUACCUCUCCAGUGUUGAGUCCUACAACCUGGAGACGAAUGAAUGGAACUAUGUGUCAUCUCUGCCGCAGCCUCUGGCUGCCCAUGCAGGAGCAGUGCACAAUGGGAAGAUUUAUAUAUCAGGAGGAGUGCACAAUGGCGAGUAUGUGUCCUGGCUGUACUGCUAUGACCCAGUAAUGGAUGUGUGGGCUAGAAAACAAGACAUGAACACGAAGCGUGCCAUUCAUGUCCUGGCUGGGAUGAACGACCGUCUUUAUGCCAUCGGUGGAAACCAUUUGAAAGGUUUUUCCCAUCUGGACGUGAUGCUUGUUGAGUGUUACGACCCAAAAGCAGACCAGUGGAACAUCCUUCAGACGCCCAUCCUGGAAGGUCGCAGCGGUCCGGGCUGCGCUGUUCUGGAUGACAGCAUUUACAUCGUUGGAGGCUACAGCUGGAGCAUGGGAGCCUAUAAGUCUUCAACCAUCUGCUACAGCCCAGAGAAGGGAACGUGGACAGAGUUGGAGGGGGAAGUGGCCGAGCCUUUGGCGGGCCCGGCCUGCUCCACCGUCAUCCUGCCCGCCUGCCUCCCUUUUAACAAAUGACAACUAAUCCACCGGAUGGGCGGCGAGGGUGAGGAGCAGGAGGGCGAUUGGGUGGAAGAGCAUCCUUGAAGAAACAAAAACAGACAACACUGGUGACAAACUCUCCAUUCGCUGAACGGAGGACUGUAUAAAUUAUUUUUUUACAGGUUUGACCAGAGCACUUUCGUUUUUCUGUACAGAAGGAUUCAGAAAAAAAAAUGUGAGCCCUGCGUCAAACUCAUCUGUGUUCUGAGAAAUGGUCGCUCCCACUUUUUGCUUUUAUUUAAAUGGCUAGUGAGUGUUUUUGACUUCUCUUCUGUAGCACGCAUAGUGUUGAGCUGAUAGCCUUCAGAUCCAUGUUAUCUUGUAUUUAGUAGCAGCAGAGUUCCAGUGAAAUAAGGUGGUGUUUCAUUGACCCAUGUCGGCACACCGAGUUUUACAAGGGUUGGGUUUCUUACAUUAACUGUGAUGAUAUAUGUGUAUAAAUAUUCAUCAGUUUUGUUAAUAAUUUUUGCCUGGGUUGUUCAUUUAUACAACAGCUGUCUUUUUCUGAGAAAAAAAGUAAAAAAACAAAAUAAAAUAAAAACUCACACUGUGUUUGGGCUUAAAAAAAUAUGUCCAUAAAACUUUAACCAAACUGCUGACAAGCUAUGAAGAAAAAUGUACUGUAAAUAUACCUGGGAGCCCUUAUAAAUGGUUGCAACUGACUGUAAAAAUGAUAAAAAUACACAGCAACACCCCCCCCACCUCCUUCAAUCCCAGUUUAAUCAUUUUUUUAAAUAAAUUAUCACCUAUUAAAACAGGACUCUUGCCAAACGUUUGUUGCAGCUUUUCUUUGUGCCACAGGCAGGGAUAACUAAAGAAUUGAUUACCUGUAUAGAAAAACUGUUAUAAAAUGACGGUACAAUCAAAUUGUAAUUGCUGGCAGUUUCUUUCUGGUUUGUAUGUUGGGGUGAAAGUGACGAUCUGAAAGGAAGAACGUUUUCUUCCUUUCUCAGUUCAGAUGAACGGGCCUGUUUAUGAAGGAGGGGGAGUCUUUUGUGUAUUAUAAAAUCCAACUUGCAAAGAUGAGUGAUGCACUAUUUGUGAACUUUUUAUUCAAAGUUCACUGAAAUGUACAAUUAAUUUAUGUGCUGUGUUUUACAGAUGUGCAAAUAAAUCCAGUUUUGUCUACAUUAUUUAGGUUCAAUAUCUUGACUCAGAAUAUUGUCACAGUUCCUGUUGAAUCCUGUUGGUUUUUUUUUGCCCUCUUGUACAUAAUCGCCUGCAGUGAAACAUUUUUGUGCACUCAAGUUUGGAUUUAUUCUCAAAUCCUGUUAUGUCCUUUGCAUUUUAGAAAAAAUACAAUAAAAGAUCUCUUGAUGAUUAAAAUAAAAAGCCUUUGUCUGAUUUUAAUGAACCAAAAAGUUCCCUCGCCAUAUUUUAGACCCAAAAUAGCAAAAAGCAAGUUAUGAAGAUCUUAAAAGACCCACUCUGAUCCUCUUUUGAUCUAUUUUCAAAGUGUUCCCAAUGGUCCUUAUGAAUAUGCCAU